AUGGAUGAGGAAAACUUUUUUGUUGAGAGGCACCUUGAUACAAUCUGAAAACAUCCAGACUUUCUAAAUUUUUUCAAGGACUUUUUCGAAGUUAAAGCUAAAGUAAUUAUGCCAAGAAUGAAAAAAAUUGCAUGAAAUUGUGCAAAAGAGUGCGCAAAUAAUGAAGAUCCAACUGGUGAGACUUGCCUGCCAAAAUGCCAAGAGAUCGUAAGUGAUUUUUAUUGGUAUAUUGAAAAAGAGCUUCGUAAAACAAUUGCAAAAUACCCUAGAUGCAUAAGUGAUUGCAGAGGAAAAAAGGAAAUGAUUGAAUGUUCUGAUGAUUGCAUAAAGUCAACAUUGGAAUUGCUAAGUCAGAUAAAUUUAGAGGCUGAAUUAAAUAAGUUCAUAUAUGAAAUGUAA